UGGUGGGAGGAUCCAAGGUCUGUGGCUCCCCCGAGUUGCGCCGUUUGCUUCGCGCAUCGUUCGCCAUGGAAGAUUCCGAUGUGCCCCCGCUGAACCUUCCCGAAGAAGAGGCCCCCUUGCCAAGCAGCUUGAGCCGCCCAACCGCCAACAGCGCGAGCGUGCCGGCGCUGACACUGCGUCGGCGCAGCUCACAUCGUUUGUCCGUCAGCCAUCGGCGCAGCUCAUCGCUGGGGCUCAGCUUUGAGGAGGUCCUCCUGCAGAUUCAGGGCUUGCAGGAGAGGCUUCUCCACAUUUACGAAACGGAUUCGAGACAGAAGUUGAAGUCUGCCACUGCAGAGUCUGCCCGGAAAAAUGGAUCGCCACCCGCUUCCCGGGCGCAUUCGCAACAAUCACCUCGAGAGUCUGUUCCGCUGGGGGUCCAAUUGCAGCCAGAGCUGGAGCCUGAGGAGCUACCAAUGACCCAGCGCAAGUCGAACAUGUCCACGGCUUCCAGGCGGCUGGCCACACAUAUGGCACAGGCCGCUGUACAAAGGGCCACUUCAGAUUUGUGUGAAGACGCAGCCUUCCGAAUCGGCAUAGAGUGGGACUUGCGCGAUGACCAGCUCGUGGAUCUCCAGACAAAUCACGCGAUCACCUCCCCAAAGACCCAGACGGUCACCACCAGCCAGCGAAGGAUGCGCAUGUCUUCGAUGACACUGGAUCCAGGUUGUGCCGUCAGCCCAGAGUCAUCGAGCAGGGUCCUGUGGGAUUGCAUCGCUAUGGUGGUGCUCCUCUUUGAGGUCCUGACGGUCCCACUGCAAGUCUACAACUUGGCUCCGGAUACGAAGGAGGUCUUGGACCUGCUUCAUUGGGUGACCACGGGCUACUGGCUAUUGGAUGUCCCCGCAUCGUUCCUCACGGCCGUGUAUAUCAAUGAUGUCCUUCACACUCAGCUCAAAGAUGUGGCAAGAGUCUACCUGAAGUCCUGGUUUUGCUUCGAUAUGCUCAUGUUGGCUCCGGAGCUGUUUAUCAUCUUCACCUUGUCCAACAGCUCCGAACUGGAAGUGUCCGGUGUCUUGCGCACCUUGCGCGCUCGGCGCCUGGUGCGGCUGGUGCGCUUUGUGAAGGUCUUGAGGUUUCGGAAGUCGAUGAACUUGAUCAAGCAGAUGAGUUGCUACAGGCAGUUCAGAUUGUUCUUUCACGGGUGGAUUUCCUCCACACUGACGCCCGUACUUUCGCUGGUGCUUUGCCUGAUGAUCGCCGUGCAUUUCCUGGCCGGUUUAUGGUUCCUAGCAGGGGAUGUGGACACUGGCUGGGUGUGCCUGGAAGGGUUGCAUGAAGCCAGCUUUGCUCGCCAGUAUCUCCGAAGCGUUGAGUGGGCCUUGUCUCGGCUGCCAGCCUCUUCCUUGAAGGGCAAUGUGGAACUCAAUACGGCCUUCGAGCGCUGGUUGGCCAUCAUCGCAACCGGCAUCGCUUUGAUCAUCUCCUCAUUAUUUGUCAGCGUCUUGACCAAUUUGAUGGCCAAUGCAGCUCGCCGAACGCGGAAGAUGACACAGAUUCUGGAGUCUGUGAGGAAGUACUGUGGAGCAUGUGGCGUCUCCGCAGGCCACACCCGGAAGAUCAAGCACCUCGUGGAACGUGAUCAUCUGCGUGCAAGCAUCCAAAACCAUAUGGAGUUCUUGCUGGCACUGCCUGAGGGGCUGGUCGUGGAGCUGUUCCACGAAGCCCGUGCCAAGACUCUGGCUUUCCACCCCUUCUUUUCAGAGAUUGGGAGCGCGAACCUAGUAAUGGAAUCGCACCUGUGCAACAAAGCGGUGAAGGAGCUCUACCUUCUAGAGAGGGACUUGAUGUUCUAUGCGAAUCAGAAGGGCCAAGGCAUCUACAUCAUUGCUGCAGGGGCUGCUGGUUAUAUCUCCGGGGCAGAUGGUUCAGAUUCACAGCUUCGCGGUGAGGACGAGGCCUUGCCGUCCUCCAUGUUCUUCAACGUCCUCACCAAUCACGGGCAUCGUAAGUCGAAUGAAUCUGCAGGACAAUUGAAGGCUCUCCAAGACGCCAAUCAUCCUGUGGGAAUUUCAUCUGGAGAAUAUGUCAGUGAGCAAUCCUUGUGGAUCAGAGGGUGGAAACACCAUGGGCGACUGGAAGCGACGGUGGAAAGCCGGGCCUUGCAUUUGCCGACCCGAGAAGUUUACUUGGUACUGCAGGAUCAUGCGGAUGCAUUGGUGAAGCGGACCGCAUUUGAAGCCAAGCAAGAGCGGUACGCGUUUUUUCCCAUCCCACGGCUGAACAGCUUCAAUUUUCGGCUCCCCUUAGAUGGAAGGCCUUAGAUUCUUAGAUGGUCGACUUAUCGCAUGGUCCAGUUGCCCAAGUGUUCCACAAUCGGUUCCAUAGACGUUUUCACCUGGUGCCAGGAAGUGGCAGGCUGGGUCUUCCGGUCUUGGGUGUUCACUCGAAAAGCAAGGGACCGUCCAUGUUUGAUUCCGAAAGUACUUACUGUACAUUAGGGUCAUACAAGAACAUAGCUAGGGCCAGGACUCUAUGCAACCAAUAUGCUAUUCCACGCAUGGAUGGAUCUGGGAUAGCUCAACCGCCCCCCUCAAACCCCCCUCAAUCCAAAUCACUCGAUUCCGAUUCUCCGAUUGCAGCUGUGUGAUGUCCAAACCAAAGAGCGAGGCGACCGCCGUGGUGUACGCACGGUGCUUUGUGGAGGCGAUCAACAAGCUGCCGCCAUACCAGAUUUCAGAUUUGCCACUGGAUGUGAACCAGGUGGACGUGAACCCCACGACCUCCGCCAGCAUAGCGAGCCUUCUUCUGGAACAGCGCCACCAAGACAGAGUUCAACCUGAGCUCGAUUGACGGAAUCGGAUGAACUGUCUCAGGCUGCUUGUGGUGUUGAUGACCUGUCU